UCUCCCCUCAGAUAAUUUUGUUUCAGAUUUGUUAGUUACGUCCACUUUUAAGUGCGCAACUGUCCGGAUGAAUUGAAUUACUCAUCGCUCGUCAUUUCAACAGAACUGAUAUUUGACGAUAUAUUCAUAUUUAGUAUCGAACUGACAGGCCGCAUCAAAACCAGACCAAUUCAUUUUUCAAUUUUUUUUUCGUUUAACCGAGGAUAAAAGAGGCGCACCUUUUCUUGAAACUGCACUACAAUCGCGUGAAGAUUAUUCCACAACAAGAUGUAGUUGGUAUUUUGUAAAUUCUUAUUUUAUUUGUUUAUUAGUUUAAGCUCGUUUGAUGUGAUUUCAACAUGAGUUCCCGUGGUCAAACCCGACAAAGUGCCAGUUUCAUGACUGUUCGUUAUAAGGGUAUUGAUUAUAUCUCUGAGGCCUCGGUCAGACGCAGAAUAAUGAUCAGCUUGUUAGAACUUCCAGUUCCGUUCCAGCUGGACGGUAACAUCUAUCCACACAACGGACAGCUGCAGGACAACGCUUAUAGAGUACCAUGGAAGAACAAAACAACAGUUUGUACUCUACCAGUGACUGGGUCUGUAAUGGAUGAUUUGAAGGCCAGCACACAUUUCAGUGACUGCUUGGAGAGGUUUAGUGUGUUGCAGACAGGAAGAGGUCGAGAGGAAGUGGUUCCCAGCUCUAACCCUGCCUCUCAGUGUAGUAUUUCUACCACAGAAGCCCUCUGGCUCCUAGAUGGAGUUGAGAGCAAUCUUUCUCUGCAAGAGGAGGUGAUAUUUAGUGACCAUCUGCAGCAGUUUAAAAUCCACUUACCUCCAUUUCAAAUGAUGCUUCAGAGGCUGAACAUCAUGAUUGUCUCAGAUCCAGUUUUCAAUUCAUCAGUAAAUCUCUUAGAAGAGGUCAUUUUUAGACAGUGUGCUUCAUAUGAUGCAGUUUUAGACAAGGUAACUGGUGCCACGUCUGCUUUAAAUGCUACAGAAGAGUUCACAAAAGAGGCAGUUUUGAACGAAGAGUCUCUGAUGUUGCCUGUUGAAGUUCAUAUGGACUGCUUUCCAAGGAAAGAGCCCAAUUAUUCCUUUGCACAAAUGCAAGAUUUUCUAAAUGUCACCCGUGAACCAACAGAAGAAUGCUUUCCUUUAGAAGAUCUUCUCAAAGAAGUCUCCUCUGCUGAUAAACACACAAAUGAGUUGGAGGUCCUGGAAAUGCCCGAAAGCUGCUUUGCCAACAUCAUCUGCAAGGAGCCACAAUCUCCAGUUGCUUUGAGGUUUUAUGCUGAGAUGGAAUUAGACCUGCUUCUUUCACCAUGUAGUCAUACGCUGUGUCUUCCAGACCUGUGUAUGUCAAGCAGACAGCUGUCAGCUGAGAUUCUGUCACCAGUUUAUAAGCAGAAUUUCAUGUCAGACGGUGAUUGUGAAAAUAUGGAAAAAACUGUUUGGAUGGCAGAGAAACAUUCCCAAUAUGUGGCUCGAUUUUUACUAGCUGAACCACAGGUAGAUAAGCCACUGAUCCACAUCCAGUCACUCCCAGAGCUUCUUACACUCCUGAAGGUGGAGAUGGAACAGGUUGCAGAACCCAAAAACAUUAUGGCCCAGUUUCACCUCACUGAUAAUACAAUUCAUCCUAAAAAUGUCUUCCCAAAUCUUUCCAUCUAUACUGAGAAAAUAUCCACAGAAGACCGUAAGAGAGCUAUGAGAAAGCCACAUGUGGAUGAAACAUAUUUGCCACUGUCUAUUAUGAAAAUAGAUGAGAUGCUGAGUAAGUGUGUUUCAAAUGCAGCACUGACACCUUCAGGUCUUCCCACUGCAGUUCACCUUUCCCAGAGUAAACCACUGCAGUCAGCUGUACCAACACAGAUGGAUAGAGAUACGUCUGUGAAGUUCUUUAUAUUUGAGUCUCACCACCGAGACAGUUCUGCAGUGAGAACAACCAGAGGAGACUGUAAAGUUGCAGAGAUAAAACAACAUAAGCUCAAUCCAGCAGAAAGAUGCUCUGGGAAUUUCUCCAAAAGUCCUUCAGAACAGCAAUCGGUCAUCUCUAAAGGGAUUGAGAUGUCUAGGUCUUCUCCACUGAAACCCGGUGUUAAAGAUAUUGAAGUGAUAUCCAAUAUACAAACGCUUCCUAAGCGUUCAGAACAGGCAAGAGAAGAUAAGACCUCUAAAUCAUCUCCAUCAUUAAACUGUUUGAGAGGCAGAAAGAGAAAUAAUUCUGUAGUUCUGUCUCAUGAAGAACUGAACCCUUUGUCGUCUUUUGUGACAUUAAGAGCAAUGCAGAUAUUUCCAAUGCAAUCUCAAAAGAGCAGUCCAACAUCUGCAGAGUGUCAAAGAGAUGCAUAUAGGGAACUGCAUGCGUUGGCUCUGCCCUCUCUGAGUAAAAUCAAGAAAGAAUGCUUCAGAAAGAAAAGAGUCAGAGUAGACACCUUCACAUAUUAUAAGAAUGCAUAUAACAUUGUGAAAUGGCCAAAAUCAUCACAUGAUGUUUUUUUUGCAGAGAAACAUUUUGUGUUAUUUUUUGUGACAGAUGGGGACAGUGUGCUUAAUGAGGUGACACUGCUACAUAUUCUGGUCACGUUAAAGGAACAUGUUCUACUCACAAGUGACCUCAGCACAGCCACUGGUUACCUGGCUAAUGUGAAGGAUUCCUUCGCUCUGAGCGUUCUGGGUGAGCUGUUGAGAAAGUUAGAGGUGCUGCAAUAUCUGAGUCAGAAGAGAAAAGGACCCGAUCCUAAACUUCUGGAGCUGCAGGAGCGAAUCAACACAUGGAUGAAGUCCCAUUCUAACCACAACACUAAAGUUCUGGUUUUGACCAUGAGCCGUGUAAACACAGAGUUGCUUGUUGCCCUCAAACAAGUACGAGGAAACUCUGUGUUUGAAGUCAUCCCCAAAGAAGGAAUGAGUAAAGUCGUGAGCAGAGAAGUGAUGGACGGACUCUCCUGCAGUUUGUGUCUUGUUGUGUGCAGUCAGCACGUUGGUCCAGACUUCCCGUGGCAGCGUUUCAGCAUGGUGUUUGAGCUUCACUCUGUGGGUCCCUCACCCUUCGGCAGUGUGUGUUCAGAGAGAAACAUCAACUUUAUAUCCUUCUUCACUGCAGUGCCUGAAUCCAAUUUCCCACAAGAAUCUACUGCAUCAUAUCUGCACACUGUUCCGUUUGUGUUGCUCAUCACCGAUAGUUUACUGCAACGCUUAAAGAUGCAACGCACGCUGGAGACAAUGUACAAUAUGGUUCUGCUGGAGAGGAAAAGCUCUCCGUCCUCACUGCAGCUGGGUGGAACCCAUUAUGACGUCAUCACUGUGGACGAGAACACCGCCAUCCUCAUCCAGGAGCUGGGUGAGUUGGACAUGAGGAUCGGAGUGGCGUCUGAGCAGGUUGUCAUGAGACUCACAGUCCUCUCUCUGCAGUUCAGCCGCUGCUGGGUCAUUCUGCACUGUACUGAGAACCACAGGGCACUGAUUUCCUGUAACAUCUAUAUCAAUCUGCUUCAUAUCUACUCUGCAUCCGUGUUGUUCGGAAACAAGUCUGAGAAGUUUGACGUUAAGGUGUUACUGGUGUGUGAGGAAGAAGAGAUGGCUAGCUACAUCUAUAAGAUCUGUUUACAUACGCUGAUGAACUCGGAGAGAGAUGGACUGAGCUGGUUGGAUAGAGACUGGCUCAGUGUGCAGUCCACAGAGGCGGAACGUUGCCUGCUGGAGUUUCCCUGCAUUAAUCCUCUGGUUGCUCAACUGAUGUUAAAAAGAGCUCCAUCACUGCAGUGGCUGCUGGGAGCUUCUUUCUCUGAGCUGCAGGAAAUGUUCCCACAGAUCCCUCACAAAGUCAUUAAGCUCUUUAGUGACAUCACAGCUGAGUCCAAAGUCAAAAAGAGUGAGACUACACCCUUCUCAAACAUAAACAGCCAAGUUCACUCUCUCCCUUGGGAACAGGAUCCUGUUAAACCACAGAUACAGCUGGAGGAUAAGACGCCGCCUAGCCAGUUUACAGAGCAGAUUUGCCAUAACAGCAUGAGAGGAGAGGAUACAGCUAAUUUUCACUCAUUAUCGGCGAGCCAGUUCAGCCGAGGUUCAGCUACAGCGAGCGUCUGGCAGCUACAGGGUGAAGGAUUCAUUCACAACCCAGAUCUCAUGCCAGGCCGAGCUGCUCCAAGAGGGUCUGCCCAGGUUCCCUUGGCUCCUCUGCUCACUCCUGAAGUGCUGGGAGGCAGAAACACUGGGUUUGGAUUCAGCUCUAGAUCGCAGAGUCAGACACACUGGAGCUCACCUGAGAAUGAUCUGUCCAACAAGACAGGAGAGGAGAGGAAGAGGAAGAGGCGAGGAGGAGAAGAUGUGCAUGGUACAGACACACACACACACACACACACAAAUUUCUAACCUCAAUAACUUCCUUUCUUCUGUGGAACACAAAAAUGACAUUUUAAACAACAUUUAAAAAUAGUCUCUCUGUUAAUUUGAUAAAAUAUGAUUCACAAAUGCAUGAGCUAAUUAUGCGUAUUGUUUGUUUCUAAAGGCAGUUAACUGAAGUUAAUUAAGAAGCAUUUAAAAAAAUCAUGCAUUUGUCAUGAUUAUAAAGAAACUAUUUUAAAAAAUGGUUACAAUUUUUUUUAAUGAGUUUGUGAAUUGCUCUUUGUAAAUAUAUAAUGUUGUAAAUGCGUAUGUGAACUAGUUAAUGCAAAUGAGAAUAAUAUUUUUUAAUAUUUUUCUAAUUUAGCUCCUCACAGAAAAACAAUUGGUGUGUGAAAUUUUGCUCAGAAUCUGUUAAUUUAGCUCAUUUUACAUUAUUUAAAAAAGGAAGGUAGAAGUAAUAUUUUUUUGUAAAGCAUGCCACAAUAAUGAUUAUAAUUAAUAAACAAUAAUACAUUGUUUUGAAUAAUUUGUUAAUUAAUGUUACAGUGUAUAGAAAUCCCAUUGACUUUCACUUUACUGUAAAAAACAUAUUUUUUGAAGUAUUUAUAUGAAUUCAGCAUGAAAGAAUUAGUGGUAUCAUGAGGGCAGGAGAGUCUUGCUCUAUCGGUCUGUGUCUGUGUGUUUAUUUCCAGUGCUUCCACACAGCAAGAGAGGAAGACUGCUAUGUGAGCGAGUUCCAGGCAGAAAUGACGGACAGACCAGACUGAGAUUUUUCUGAGAACAUUUGAAGUAUAUCACUCGUUUGAGUGAUAUUUUAGAAUAUUUCAGUUUUCAGGAAGAAUAUAAUAUUACAUAAAAUUCAGUCCAUGAAAUAUAAGUCUAUAAUUUAUAGUAAAUGUAUAAAAUGAAUGGUUUAUAAUAAAUGUAGAUAUUGUUCCAAUAAUUGAAACAUAUUAAUGUUUAAACUGUCACUAGAUGUAUUUAUAUUAUUAUUUAUAGCAGAAUGACAGUUGCAAUAAAAAAAAUUAACAUUAAUAUAAAUGCACACAUGAUUAUAAACGCACACAUUAAACCUAUUUUGUUAGGUUUAAUAUUUAUAUUGUUACUUAUUUUUUUAGAGGGUUCCACACAUUUGCAACAAUUUACAAAUUACAUUAUCCAGUACUUGAAAUGUCUGGAAAUGUUGAGCUGUUAAAAAAUGUUGAAAUGUUAAAAUUAUGCUCAAAUUUGAUAUAUUAGAAUAUAUAGCUAUGAAUUCAUCCAUUUCAGUGUAGGCUAAUUUCUAAAAAAUCAUUAAUGAAUGGAAAAUUGAUUUAUUUAUGAACAUAUUACGUUUUUUAUUAAAAUUCUCACAAUUGGAUAAUUUUAGAUUGUAUUAUUGUAUCGUUUGGUUCUCCAGUCAUUGUUUAAUAUCUGAAAUACAGUGAAUAUUCUAAUUAUGCUAAUUUCAGAAUUUUUAUUUUACGUUUAUUAAUAUUACGAAUUGUAAAUUCAACUGUUUUAGUCAUUAUUUUUUAUGAACAGCUGGAAAAGUCUUUGAAAUGUAUUAAUCAAAAUAGUUUAGAAUUACAGGAGAGUGUUAGAUAUAACUAGACUUCUCUUUUUUCACAUGUGCUUCUUAGGGUGUGACAGAAGGUUUGAGCUCUGAUUGUUUAAAAGUAUUUAGUGCUGUUUUUUUCCCACUAAUUAUAGGACUCCAGCAUGACGUGGCUGGUUUAUCUGCUGACCUUUGACCUACAGUUGUGAGUGAGCGUAUGCACACAUGCAUCUGUUAGCUUUAUAGUCUGUACACAGAAGCAGGUGUAAAGAAUGCAUCUGAACGCAGAUGAAAGACUUCUAUUCAGACGUGACACUGUAUUGACAAACGUACAUUUCCCGCUACACGUUACUGAUGGGGCGCCGCAUAUUCAGAGGAGGUCUGAGGAACUGAAUAAAUCAUUCGCUGCGUGAAACAGAAUUGAUUGGCGUUAAAAAAACAUUUUCAAAAUUACCAGUCUGGAUGUAGAUUGGGGACAACGGUGACGGUGGCCAUUAAUUUAUCUCUCGCACCAUACGCAUUUCCAGCCCCUCGCUAUUUUCUGAAACGAGCGUGAUAGAAAGAUAGUCAUUCAAUUACAGAACGAUCUUCUUAUCGCUGACAGUCAGAGGAGAGGGAAAGCGCUGCACAGGCAGAGGAGGAGGAAGAGAGGGAGAGCGAUGGGGGUCGGAGGGCUUAUCUCAGCAGGCCAGCAGUCUGACGGCAGCCCCUCGCAGGAAUGAGCUCCAGAACAGACACUCCCACAGGGCAUUUUCCUCUCUCCAUCACUCUCCCUUUCACUCUCGCUGCCUCUGUAAAACACCAAACAGCCUCCAUAAAUAACUCCCCAACGCCGUCUGAGCUGCCCCUACUCAAACAAAAGCAAAUAAAACGGCAGCGUGUGGACACUGGGCUGUGAGGGAGGAAGACGUGUGUCCAGUCUGAGGCAGUAAAACAGUGACCGUAAUCACAGCGCUCUUUCAGAUGGAAAAAAGCUGUGAGAACAGAGCAUGCUGUUCAAAUCUGAACCUGUUUAACCGCUCUCUUCAUUGCAAACAUUGGGUCAAAUCUUGUCGCCCUUAUUGCAGUGUCAAUAGUGUUUAACAAUGUCAACUAAAUGCUCAAAUAGGAACAGUUGGGGAAGGUUUCUGGAUUUAAUUGGUCCUGAACAAACCACU